UCCCUCAUCAGUGACAGGGUUAAAGAUGUGUCCCUCAUCAGUGACAGGGUUAAAGAUGUGUUCGUCAUCAGUGACACAUUUAAAGAUGUGUCCCUUAUCAGUGACACGUUUAAAGAUGUGUACCUCAUCAGUGACACUAGAUAUUAAGUAAUGAAUUCAUGUUGAGAUGUUAUACCAAUGGACAGAACACAUAGAAGGACAUGUCAGCUGAUGAUGGAGCAAGAAAAGGAAGCCGUGUCUUUUGUACAAUUUUUUUAGCUAUUUUCACUUACUCAAUUAAUUUAUCAAAUGUAAUUUUGCAAUUGAAAUGUGGCCAUAUUUUGCAAUGUGGAAAUGUUGCCAUGGAAAGCAGUAUAUUAUUUCCUAUGUUGACGACAUUUUCUUGGCAUCUAGGACCAUUUUGCAGUAUAUCUGAUUAUUGUUCAGGAAGAAAAUGUUUUCUCCUCUGAAGCAGUUGAUUAGGAUGGUGAAAGUAAUACUGUGUUGAGCUGCCUGCAUGGUCCUGUGAGAUAUGUAAAGUGGAGGGAAAAUCCUGCUACUGCAUGUCUAUGUAAUAGUAGCAUAGGCAUUCUGUCAGGUCCACCUGGCUGCAGUAUUCUCCCGUCCGUCCACUGCCUCCUCCCAACUUUAUUGCCUCUAGCACUUCCUGUUAAUCAACCAUGGCGCUGACUGUUGGCUACUUUUCCGCUGUCAAUUUCACAGAAUAAAUAUUAUGAAUAAAUAAGAAAGAUGAAGGUUGACUGAAACAUUGUGUAACUUGACAAAUUAUACAUUUGUGAUAUUACCUUUCAACAGCCGUCUCGUGUUGCCCUAACCUCACGUUAGUGCCGCGCUAGUCAAAUCAGUCAAGGCAGUGCUUUCUCAUACCGUAGAACACUGAGAUGAAGACAAUAGUCCAGAACUGUGCUGUUGUGCUAUUUGAGAACGAGAGGUGUGAAACAGUUGACAUGAAAUCAAUAGGCUUCUGUGUAGAUGGUGAAGUGGAGGAGGAGAGGAGAGGAGAGGAGAGGAGAGGAGAGGAGAGGAGAGGAGAGGAGAGGAGAGGAGAGGAGAGGAGAGAGAGAGAGAGAGAGAGAGAGCAUAAAGUAGUGGACCUUACCAUCCGGCGUUCAGUGACUGUCUAUCACAUGUAUUUGUUUUCAUCAUCAUACAGACCACCUUUCUUUUCAUCUUCCCAGUCCAACCCCAGCCCCAGUCCAACCCCAGUCCAGCCCAGACACUCAGAGAGUCUAACUCUAUCUCUGAGAUUUCUAUAGAGCAGAGGGGGGAGUAGAGCAGAGCAGAGCAGCAGGCCCUCCCACCGCCUACAUAGAGCAGAGGGGGGAGUAGAGUAGAGCGGAGCAGCAGGCCCUCCCACCGCCUAUAAAGGACAGCCAUACGGAGACACUCAGACAGAAAUCACACGUGUAUCUGUGUAGAGGCAGAGGGAGGCUAACAGCACACUGAGGGGAACUCAGAGGAAACAGACGCUCACAAUAUAGCCAGCCAGGAGUGAAGGAGGGGUCCACCUUGAGAUAGAGAAAGACAGACAGACAGAGAAGAGAAAGAGAGAUAGGUGACAGAGUGAGACAGAGAAAGAGAGAAAGAGAGAGAGAGAGGUGAGAGAAGCAGAGAAAGAGCGAGAGAUAUCAAAUAGUGAUUUCAUCUGAGUGUCUUGAUCUCUUUUGUCCUCAUGUCCAAGGAUUAAGUAGAGGAUCUACAGUACUGGGGGAUCUGGUCUUUCUACAGGUCUCUAUAUGAGAGAGGAGUCUCCCACCUGUCUUGUAGAUCUGGACUGAUGUCUUUUAAGAUGGUGCGUACGGCUCCCCCAAGCCGCUUCCUCUUCUCCGACAUCAACAUGAUGUCAGAGGACGAGGAGGAGAACGGCGGCAGCGAGAGCUCGGGCUCCGACUCCCAGAAGUCCUCCUUCCGUCUCAACGGCGGCUCCAACGGGUUUCAGAUCAAGGUGGGAAGCAGGAAGAGGAAGUUCUGCGGAGUUGCCGGGAGGCUGGCGGGGCCCCCGAUGGUGGCAGGGGCCCCGGUGGUGGAGGUGCGGCAGAGGAACGUGGCAAACGCUCGAGAGAGGGACCGCACCAACAGCGUGAACACAGCCUUCACUGCCCUGAGGACCCUCAUCCCCACCGAGCCAGCUGACAGGAAGCUGUCCAAGAUCGAGACUCUGCGGCUGGCGUCCAGCUACAUCUCCCACCUGGGUAAUGUGCUGCUGGUGGGCGAGGCGUGUGGGGAUGGGCAGCCGUGCCACACCUCCACACCCCAAUUCCACCACCACACCCUCCACAGUCUCAGCCCCUCGCCCGGCCGGGGCUCAGAGAACCAGCCCAAACACAUCUGUACUUUCUGCCUCAGCAAGCAGAGGAAAAUGAACAAAGACAGAGACAGAAAAACAACUGUAAGAAGAUAACGCCUGAAGGACAGAAACAUCCAGAGGAUAAAUAUCCAACACUAUUGUGAAGGAUCAGUUCACUUUGCCUAUUCUUCAAAUGAAAGUUGUAAUUACAGUUGUGUACUUAAUGAGAAUACAAUAUUUGUAUCAUGUAUAUAUAUAUAUAUAUAUUGAAAGCACAAUGGUGUAUUUAAGACCAUGGAGGAUUUGAUAUGUGUGUUAAGGGAGGAUGUGGGAGCAAAAAGUCCAUGAAACAUGAGAUGAUAUAUAUACUCAUGACCAUUUAGUUAAUAUCUAUCCUUAAACUACUGGGCAUUAUAAUGAACAGGCAGAGGAGGACAGCUAUUUCAACGGCUGCAGCCCAAAUGGCACUAUAUUCCCUAUAUUGUGCACUACUUGGGCUCUGGAAACACAAAUGACUCGUUACUGAACCUUCCACGGACUUCAGAGCACCCAAAUAUGACAUAACACCACUCUAGAACCCUCCCUGGACUGUAUGCCCUUCACUCUCAUCAAUACGUGCUGGAUGUUCAUGUUAUUGAUGUUCAACAUAUUGUGCUACUACGCUGAUGGAUCUGAAGUGUACUGGCUGAAUCAUGGGAGAAAGGCAAUCCUUUAGGAAGAAUCAGCAGUAGUUCAGUACCAUGCAGACCCCGACAUCCCCCACCCUUUCAUCAAUUACCAAUCAGAUGGAUUUGUAAAGCUCUUCUUUUUUUACAUCAACAGUUGUUACAGAGUGCUUUUCAGAAGCACAAGCAGAAGCACAGCCCUCAGUCUCAGACAGUGGUGAUGGUGACUGGCAGAGCAGAGGAACAGAUCCUAGAUUACAUCUGCAGGUAGAGCUCUGGAAGUCUGCCUGUCUCGUCCCCUGACUGUCCUCUCGUUUACCUUUGGAAUUCCAUGUGCUCCCUCUGUCUCUCCUCCUCUUCUCCUGCGUUCUUCCUUCCCAGGAGCGCUACUGACUCACAGGCUCUGUUCUGAUGGCUUUACAAUGUGUGCAGGGUUCACUCAGAUUGUCCUCUGUCCUGCAUCUUUGCUGCUUCCUUUUCUAUCCGCCAUCCGUGACCCCUGUUUGAAGAAGAAGAAGAAGAGGUCCACUUCAUUGUGCUAUAUCCAUGGAUGUCCAACUGCUCCUUGUCUUGGGCUUUUUGUCCGACCCCUCCAAAGACUUACACACACAUACAGUGGUUUGAGAGCUCUGACAGAUUUCGAUCCACCUCCUGAAAAAUCAUCAAGAUCUUUUCAUAAAUAGUUGAACAUUUGGAAAUCUGGGCCAAUGUUGUGUAUUGUUUAUGUGUUUUUGUAUUGUUUAUGUAUUGUUCGAUAAAAAUAUGUUUUAUGCUAAUGCUCCUUUUCGUGUUAUAUCAUGUGGUCUUCGGAU